CGGGUUGCUGCUGCUGCGGCCGCUGCGGCCGCUGGGCGUGCGGGAGCCGGUGCGGGAGCCGCAGCGGGUGCGGGAGCGGUUCCGUGCCUCUCCCCCUGCACCGGGCUCAGCCCACGAAGCCGCCGGCUCCUCGAGGGGGUGGGAGGGAGGAAGGGGCGAGCACGGCCGGGGGCCCGGGCAUGCCCCGAGGCCUGCAGGACCGGCCUUGAGCUAGGGGUCAAAGGUCGGGGGGGGGGGGGAGGGAAGAUGGGGCGGCGCCGCCGACCCCCGGAGCUGUACCGGGCUCCGUUCCCGCUAUACGCUCUGCAGAUCGAGCCCGAGGCCGGCUUCCUCAUCACCGCCGGAGGGGGCGGCGCCGCCAAGACCGGCAUCAAGAAUGGCGUGCACUUCCUGCGGUUGGAGAAGAUCGACGGCAGGCUGAGCGCCUCUCUGCUGCACUCCCACGACACGGACACCCGGGCCACCAUGAACAUGGCACUCGCGGGGGACGUCCUGGCCGCGGGGCAGGACGCCAGCUGCCACCUCCUGCGCUUCCGAUCCCGGCGACGGCGGGAGGGCGGCCGCGGGCCGGACGAGAAAGGUUCCGGGGAGCGGGGCCCCCGACAGCGGAAAAAGCCGGCGGCGACCGAGCCGGCGGCGACGGAGGCCGAGCCGGCGGCGAAGGAGGCCGGGGCGGAGACGCGGCAGGACGGGGAGGAGCUGAGAGUGGAGACCCUCCGGACCGUGCAGACGGACUUCGGUCCGGACCCUCUGCAGAAGACCGUGCGCUUCAACCACGAUCACUCUCUGCUCGCUACCGGCGGCUCCGACGGCUACGUACGCGUCUGGCAGGUGCCCACCCUGGAGAAGGUUCUGGAGUUCCGAGCUCACACGGGGGAGAUCGAAGAUCUGACACUGGGCCCCGACGGCAAGUUGGUGACCGUGGGCCGGGACCUCCGGGGCUGCGUGUGGCAGAAGGACCAGCUGAUGACCGGGCUGUGCUGGAACGAGAACCUGCCCACCCCGCACGACACCCCCUACCGCUACCAGGCCUGCAGGUUCGGGUGGGUGCCGGACCGGCCCGCCGGGCUCCGGCUCUUCACGGUACAGAUCCCUCACAAGCGCCUUCGCCGGCCGCCGCCGUGCUACCUCACGGCCUGGGACGGCCGCGGUUUCCUGCCGCUGCGCACCGAGCCCUGCGGCCACGAGGUCGUCUCCUGUCUGAACGUCAGCGAGUCGGGUACCUUCCUCGGCCUGGGCACCGUCACCGGUUCCGUGGCCAUCUACAUCUCCUUCUCCCUUCAGCGCCUCUACUACAUCCGGGAGUCCCACGGCAUCGUCGUGACGGACGUGGCCUUCGUGCCCGAGCGGGGCCGGGGCCGGCAGCUCCUGGGGCCUCACGAGGCAGCGCUGCUCUCCGUGGCCGUGGACAGUCGCUGCCAGCUGCACCUGCUGCCCGCCCGCCGAAGCGUCCCCGUGUGGGUGCCGCUGCUGCUGUGCGCCGGGCUCGUCGUCGUGGCCGUCCUGCUGCUCCAGACCGCCUUCCCGGGCUUCCUCUAGCGGCGCCUCGGGGACGGGGACGGCGCGCCCCCGACGCGACCGAAGCAGAGCCCCGCGGCCCCGGGCCGCCCCGUGGACCCGGCC